GUGAAGGAAGCGGGCGGACGGAGACGGAUUUAACAUAUCAAAUCAAAAGGUGCCUGGAUCAACAUUGCAAAUUCACCGGCUUUAUGGCAUCGGAAGAUAGAAUAGUCCGAACAUACAGGAACGACAGGCGAAUGGGCUACUCGGGACCGCGGAUUGUCCAUGGGAGAAAGACGGAAGAGGGAGGAGGAGAGAAGGGGCAGGAGAGGAAAAAGAGGAAGGCCACACUCGUACAAAUCUUACAGUUACAAGCUACCUCCUAGCAUCAGCAUGAUUCUGGUGGUGGCUCAGCUCAUCUCAUGCGGCGAUAACGCUUCUCCCAUCAUAUCUACCGGUGCCUAUCUAGUCUGCAUCGCGAUAACGCGGCGCAAAGUAUCUUGAGACGACUGGUGUGCGUAUCGUAUUCAAAGCAGGUGAUCGAUCCAUCACCGACAUCGACAUUGUGAGAUCCAAAUUCCCAUGGAACCGAAGAGAAGCCAUGCUGAACUGCAAAUCCCAGUCCACGAGUGGGAACCAACCACAUCGAACGCAUUCUCAGCCCAGUGAAGUGAGGUGAAGUGCAAUCUGCAAUCUGCAAAGAAGAAAAAAACUCGCAAUACGUGAUCCUCUUUGUUGAUGUGGAGUACUUAAAGUGGGUCGUUUAUAUGGGGUAUCAAACGCCCGACGGCUUUCAAAUCCCUUUCUCGGACCGUUUGCCGAAUGUGAUUCCGUUGGUCAUUGCUAUUGACUCACUCAACCCUCAUGCUAAUGAAAUUUGUCACUCUGCCUCUCUCAUCCCAGCUUGUCCUGCAAAUUCCGCCUCAGUUGUCAUAUUCUCGUAUCCUGGCUCACACACUCGCCCACCAAAGAAAGCAUUCAGUCCAGUCCAGUCUCGAUCAUCAUCAAAGAACAGGAUGACUAAUCACAUAACUGCCGUAUCGGCCCCGGGCAAGGUCUUCUUAGCAGGAGGGUAUCUAGUGUUGGAUCGUGAUUAUACCGCUUUGGUGUUUGGUCUUAGUGCCCGGAUUCACGUGUUGGUGCAAGAUAUUGCGACGACUUCUGGGGUGCAGCUGUCGGAUAUCAUUGUCAAGAGUCCUCAAUUCCGGGAAGCGGCUUGGAAUUACGGAUUUCACCUGAUUAAGGAUGAUGGGGGUAUUGAAGUGACCCAAUUAAAAAGCUCGUCAUCAGCUUCAAUUUCUCGAAAUCCAUUCGUAGAAACUGCAUUACUCUACGCCCUAACCUACAUAUCCUCGGUUCUCCCAUCUACCACUAUCAAACCAACCUCCAUUACAAUCUUAGCUGACAAAGAUUACUACUCCAACCCCUCCACCAAAGCUAUUGCCACCGAUGCACACCAUCAAUUCCUUGACUUUGGCGUCCGCCUCGAAGACGCUCAUAAGACGGGCCUUGGCUCUUCUGCAGCCUUGGUGACUGCUUUCACCGGUGCAAUUCUCUCCCACUAUCUUCCUUCCACAAUAUUCUCUCUCGAUACCAAAGAAGGCCAAUCUAAACUCCACAACCUAGCUCAAGCAGCCCACUGUGCAGCCCAAGGGAAAGUUGGCUCAGGUUUCGAUAUCGCAACCGCCGUCUACGGCACCUCCCUCUACCGUCGCUUUUCCCCCUCGGUUCUCUCUUCCCUCGGCGAACCAGGCUCCCCAGGUUUCUCCACCCGCGUCAAAGCUUCGGUUGAAGACACCGCCCCUCAAAAAUGGGACACCCAAAUCGAAAAAGGCAAAAUCACCAUCCCCCAAGGUAUGGCUCUCGUCAUGUGCGACGUCGAUUGCGGAUCCCAAACCGUCGGCAUGGUCAAAAAGGUUCUCGAAUGGCGAAAACGUGAUCCCGCCGUCUCGAAAGCAUUGUGGGAUGAAUUGCAAUCGCGAAAUGAGAAAUUGGCAGAGAUUCUCUCGUCGGGAAGUGAUAUUAGUGCGGCCGGCCCUGCGUUCUCGGCUAUCAGAGAGAAAAUUAGAGAAAUGGGUAAGCUUUCCGGAGUGCCGAUUGAACCUGAAGAGCAGACGAAAUUGCUAGAUGACGUCAUUGAGAAUGUGGAGGGGGUUAUUGGUGGUGUAGUCCCUGGAGCUGGAGGCUACGAUGCGAUUGUUCUAUUGGUUAGAGAUGAUCAGGAGACGGUGGAUCAGAUUAAAUCGUUCCUGGCGCAAUGGGGUAAUGUGAAAUUGUUGGGUGUCAAGGGGGAAAUGGAUGGUGCGAGAGUAGAGGAUGGUGGGUUGUACGGAACUUUACUUUUGUAGACAGGGUGAGAUGGGAUGGGAUGGGAAUGAGUAGAAGAUGGUAAGUUGUAUGGAACUUUGCUUUUGUAGAUAGGAUGAGGUGGGAUGGGAUGGGAAUGAAUAUUGGAAUUUAAGUUGUGCA